AUGAGGUUUUCAGAUAGAGUUUUGAUGGUUUACGAAAUGGGAACUUCGCCAGUAAAUUUGAUGACUUUGGUUCAAAAUUUUAAAAGAAUCCGUACUGUAUUGGGACAAGAUGAAAUGCCCCAAGGAUUCUCAUUCAUAUUCUUUCUAUGUAUUUUAUUCUAUGAGGUUACUGGUAUUCAAGAUUAUACUGCGCUCAUAUGUUGUAGUGUUUGUUCAGAAAUGCUGGUGGUUAUGACCUUAUUCUGUGGAGUUCUUGUGCACAGACUUUGGAAUACACCUAAUAAAGAUGUUUCGUUAGGUAUGACAUGUGCUGCAUUUUUCAUACACCUUCUUAUUACUUGCUACGCUUUCUUUGUUACAGGAUCAAUUCCAAGUGAAGCAAGAAAUCAUUCAUAA